AUGUAUAUACACAUUUUGCGCGUACUAAGGAGAUCUUUGACCGUAUCUUCCUCUGUAAUGACAGAGGAUUCCGUUGAUGAUGAUCCAUUACAAUUAAAAGACCUUGCGGUGAAGUAUUCUUACCUAAUGUACAAAAUCACUGACCACAUUUCCAACUUAAGUGAGCUUACCUAUGAAUCAGUAACGAGAAAGGAGAAGCUUAUUGACCAAGAGUACUUUGAUAAGCAGCUACAUUUAGAUGAACAGCUACAAGAAGCGAAUGAUAUGAUCAAAGAAUGCGACCAGAUAGAAGCGGCAUAUAUGAAACUAGACCAAUUGUACCUAUUUGUGGAAGAUUUCAAAGCGAGAAUCACCCACUUGGAGAAUGUGUUUAAAGAGCUAUAA